CGCAAAACUCUGGAAACAAAACCUAACGCCCUGGCGACUGCUCCAAAGUCACUUCGGGGUGCUUUUCUCGCUAACUUUAGCGGACUCUAGCACCUGUGCCUUUCGCAGAGCGGUCUGGAGAGCGGAGUCACUGUUGGGGCCACGAUCCCAGGAACUCGGCUCACGUGGAGCCGCGUAAGAACGACAUCCAAAUGGAGGCUCGUUACCCAGGAACACAUUUGCCAUCAGGAUAUGUCCCUCAAUAUCCACCAGCAGCAUUGCAAGGACCUCCAGAACAUACUGGACGCUCCACAGUCCAGACUAACUAUCAGGUUUCCCAUUCUGGUUAUCCGGGACCUCAGGCUGGCUACACGGUCUCACCAGCUGGCUGUGAAGGUUAUUAUGCAACACAGUUUCAUAAUAAAAAUAACCAGCCUAUAGUUCUUGUAAAUACCCAAUGGAUGCCAGCACCUCCACCUCUUCUGAACUGCCCGCCUGGGCUAGAAUACUUAAAUCAGAUUGAUCAGAUUCUGGUUCACCAGCAAGUUGAACUACUGGAAGUCUUAACAGGUUUUGAAACAAAUAAUAAAUUUGAAAUCAAGAACAGCCUCGGGCAGAUGGUUUAUGUUGCCGUGGAAGAUACUGACUGUUGCACUCGAAACUGCUGUGAAGCAGCCAGACCUUUCACCAUGAGGAUCCUGGAUAACCUGGGCCGAGAAGUCAUGACUCUGGAGAGACCCCUGAGAUGCAGUAGCUGUUGCUUCCCCUGCUGCCUGCAGGAGAUAGAGAUCCAAGCUCCUCCUGGUGUGCCGAUAGGUUAUGUGAUUCAGACCUGGCAUCCGUGUCUGCCAAAGCUCACCCUUCAAAAUGAAAGGAAGGAGGAUGUUCUAAAAAUUGUUGGCCCUUGUGUUGCAUGUACCUGCUGUUCAGAUAUUGACUUUGAGAUCAAGUCUCUUGAUGAGGUGCCCAGAAUUGGCAAGAUUACCAAGCAGUGGUCUGGAUGUAUGAAGGAGGCUUUCACGGAUUCAGAUAACUUUGGGAUCCAGUUCCCGCUAGAUCUUGACGUGAAGAUGAAGGCUGUGUCACUCGGGGCCUGUUUCCUCCUGGAUUACAUGUUUUUUGAAGGCUGUGAGUAGGAACAAAAAUCAGCAGUGUGGUGGGGACUAAGGAAAGAAGAAGAUGAAGACCUGAAGGCUACACGAUGAGACUAUAUAAAUGGGAAAGCCAGUGCUUUUAUGUUUCUUCAUUGAAAAGUUUCAGAAUUAAGCUGUAAUAUAAUACACGAGGCAUAGUGUGAUAUCUCUCUACACUUCUAAAAUAUAUACUGAAUUCAGAUUAAAAAACAAAAAAUAGUUUAAAAUAUGGAAAAGUAAGUUGAGUCAUAACCUGUCAUUUGUUUUCCAUCUUCUGUUCAAUUUAACCCUUGUAACUGUUGAUUUUAUUAUAUAAUUAUGCCUAAUUCCAUCAAAACUAGUUCGUUUAUUUCUUUAUUUAAAAAAGUCUGAUAUUGGAAAUAAAUAUUUUGAAAACUUUUUAAAAGUUAUUUUUUUGUUGGCUGGGAAAUACUACUCAGUAAAAUGCUAAUAAGAUAAAAAUAACAUUUUUAUGUCUUGAGGAAAUAAUAUUUUUUUAAGAUUUAUUUAUUUAUGUAUUUGGGUGUUGGGUCUGCAUGUACGCCUACAUGCCAGAAGAGGGAAAUGUAUCCUAUUAGAGAUGGCGGUGAACUGCCAUUCGGGCGCUGGGAAUUGGACUCAGGACCUUCAGAAGAGAAGUAACAUUCUUAACCACUGAGCCAUCUCUCCAGCCCCGAGUUGAAUAUUUUUAUUAUAACUUGCCAAUUUUAAAUGGUUUUCAGUGAACAACAAUAACAAAAAAAGCAUGUUUUUCUGCCAAGAAACAGUAACUGUUAAGACUCUCCCUAGUGGCUACAGAGGAAGACCAUCUAGACAGUCCUGAUGAGACCUGAUAAGGUUAGGGUCAAACAAUAGGGAGGAGGACCUGCGCUAUCAGUGGACUAGGGGAGAGGCAUAGGGGAGGAAG